AUGAAGAAAUUCUGCAUUUCUGUUGGAGGGAACCUGGCAUCGCUCCACAACUCUGGUGAAAACACCUUUGUUAGUGACAUGAUUACCAGACUGUCCGGUUCUCGUAGUACCUGGGUUGGAGGCUAUGACGCCGUCGACGAGAAAAGAUGGCUGUGGAGUGAUGGAUCCAGCUUUGAGUUUGAUCACUGGUACAGCAACCAGCCAGACAACUCUGGAGAUCAACACUGCAUGGAAAUAAAUUAUGGAGGAGACUACUGGAACGACAUGCAGUGCACAUAUGGCAGGCCGUUCGUUUGUUCCCAGGAUCUCUGAGGCAGCCAAGAACAUCUCAGGUUCAUCUGAGUUACAGUUCAAGUCAAAUUCAGCUGCACACUUUUAAUUUGCUACUUCUGUUCAUUAAAUAAACUCAAUGUGAUUCUUUUUCUUCUCAUCGCUUUAAAAUUGUUCAAAUAUAAAUUUGGUUAUUGGGAUCUUUUAUGUAGGA